UCUUUUUCUCUCAGAGUGAUUGCUCUCGCCGUCAGAGGAUCUGUGCAGGUUACCCUUCUGGUCGUGUUUCUUCAGUCAGACAACAUUCAACAUGUCGAAGCUGGGAGUGUUUCUGAGGUCUGCGGCUCUUCUCAGACCUGCUGCCUCCACCUCACAGGCUCGUGCAUGUCUCCACACUGGCCCCCAGCAGGAGCAUAAAACCUUCUACGAGUUUCGCACCUACAGCAUCCACCCCCAUCAGAACGCCACCUUCCUCAAACUGACCAAUGAGAAGAUCCACCUGCGCACCGCACACUCUGAGCUGAUUGGCUACUGGUCUGUGGAGUAUGGCGGUCUGAACCAAGUGUUCCAUAUCUGGAAGUAUGACAGUUACUCUCAGCGGGCAGCUGUGCGGGCCGCUCUGGCCCAGGACCCCACCUGGAUUUCAGAGUAUAUCUCUAAGGCGCUCCCGAUGUUGACCUCCCAGGACAAUGAAGUCACAUACCUGGUACCGUGGAGCCGCCUACAAAAGCCGCCAAAGGAGGGUGGGGUGUACGAGCUCGCGAGCUAUCGGAUGCGUCCCGGUGGUCCGGCGGUUUGGGGCAGCGCCUUCCAGGCAGCCGUCUGCGCCCGAGACGCCCCGGGUUACGGGAAGCUGCUGGGAGCGUUCCACAGCGAGUUUGGCGCCCAGAACCAGGUUCACGCCCUCUGGUGGUACGAGAGCGCAGAUCAUCGAGCUGAAGUUCGACACAAAGCACACAACGAUGCACGAGUGGUGGCUGCUGUGAGGAACAGCGUAACCCACCUGGACACUCAGAGGAACCGCCUCAUGCACCCCUGUCUCUUCUCACCCAUGAACUAACUUCCUCUACGGUAACAAGUCAGCAACCAGCGGCACUUCCUGCACAAACCAAUCACGGCUCAGCAGCCAAGACCCUAAAUCUGCUGGGGAGGCGGGGCUUCACUUACAAAGUGCCUCUCAGAGACUGAACAUUUUGAAAUAUUAACAAUAAAGUUUAAUUGUUUGACUUCAGGUGUGAAAUCAUUAGGUAGCACACAAUAAGGCUUAAAGCUUGACUUAUUGUAGUUAUAUGAAAAGAUGUUCUGUGUGUGAAGAGUGAUGUCACAAUUAUAGAUCAUCCACUUCCUG